CAGCAGAACCGCUGAUGCCGAAGCAAACAGAGGCAUCUCGGCACGCAGUGUACACGCACAUUACUCGUACGUCCGCUGGCGAAACGUCGUGAAAUCAGUCCAAGUGGUGCGAUCGCAGUGUGUGACAAUAGUCUUAAGGCGAGGACCUGAGGCAGGUGACAGGUGCACGAAACGUCGGACACUCGUUGUCGGGCCAAUAGAACUCCAAGUAAACAAUAGAGCGAGGGGUUGCGCAUCGAGUCAAACAAGGGUGCGCAUAUCCCAGUAGCGAGCCGGAUCUCUUUUAUGCAGUGCGCCCAGUUUGGUUAACGAACACAGUGGCUGCCGCACAUCUUCAAGAGGUUCGCUCACUGGCGAAUCUACAGCCAUGUGUUGACUCCCUCGCACUGUUCAAGCAGCUUAGAAAUAUGUCUUCAAAGAGGAAGUCGCCACCAACAAAACUUCAAGACGGCAGUUCAACGGAACCACCACCAAUCCAGGCAAAUUUGGGAAGUGGAAGCGAUGGAGGUGGCUUGACUGACUUGGACGAAACAAGCAGCAACAAUCUCAGUGAUAUUUGCGAAGAAGAACCCAACACUAUGGUCAACACUUCUUCGACGUUCUACAACAAACUGUCCGAAUCCUCAUCGCCCAGUGCUUGCGGAAGUGAAUUGGACGACGGCCUGGACGAAGACCAGAUACCAUCAAAGACAGCGAAAAUAUCCGCGAACGAGCCUCCUCAUUCGAUGAUCACCUCAGUGUCGCCGUGCAUUUCCGCCCUCUCUUUGCACAAUGAGGACUUGGAGAGGCGGCGAAACUCCUCCGAGUGCAGUUCACCCAGUUCGGACAUUAAGAGCAACUUUCAUUACAACAAUAACAACAAUAGUUUAAUGAACAAUAAUAGUUCCUUACAUCCACUCAAACGUUCCAUGGACGAUGUUCUCAAGCGGUUAACGUCGAAAAUUAGCAACAGUUCCAUGAGGGAGGAAAGACGACCUACACCAUCCUCAACUCCUAAUUCACACAAUUCGGAUGUUGAGCCUGCUGCCGCCAUCCAACAAGCACUGUCUGGUGAUAAUCUGAUGGAAAAAGAUCGGAAGCUGUCGGAGCUGAUUAUUCAGCUUCAGAUGGCUCGUGAACAGUUACUGGUCCAGCAGCAGCAGCAACAUCCCGAUGGAAACAAGUCGGCCAGUACGUCGCCCUUACUGAACGACGCCCACAAACAGCUAGAAAUUCAAAGAAGACAACAAGAGCAGCAUCUGCUGCAGCAACAGCAAAAGCUGCAAGAACUUCAGGGCCAGAUCUCAGCGCAAUACUCCGGUGGAGGAGUGCAAGGGUUGAUGUUUCUGCCCUUCUUGGAGCAACUGUCCAGAGGGUUGCACCCUCCCAGUGGUCCACCGGUGGUACCGAAAAGCCCACUGUCGAACCACCGUUUGCUGCAGAUGCUGCCGCCCCAUCAAGUGCCCAACUGGCUGUCUGCUGCAACUUCCGCCCAUUUGGCGGCUCAGAUGCAGCAGCAACAGCAGCACCAUCAGCAUCAGCAGCAACAACAGCAGCAGCAGCAGCAGCAGCAACAACAGCAGCAGCAUCAGCAGCAGCAACAUCAGCAGCAAAUGGCGGCCAUCAGCUCGAAUGAGAGACGAACUCCCCAACAUCAUCAUUCGCCGCCACCGCCCGCCCCAUCAGAUCCAGACGCUCCCCUCAAUCUUUCCAAGCCGAAAUCAUUGAGUUCUGGCAGUACCGAGUCCAGUCCUCAGCCCACCCCGAGCAGCCAACACCAAAGCAUUAACGAUCAGCCAGUGGCGGCGACUGUGCCCCGUCUAAUGCCGCCCAAUUUGAUGAUGACUAACCGGGCGUUUUUGCCCUACGCAGGGCUGCCGCCCACUUUCCCCAUCACCCCUGGGGUGGACAAUCGGAACAAAGGAAACGAUGUGAGGCCCAGUAUGGACAAACAGCAUCAUUUCCCGCUGCACAUGUAUGCGAUGCCAACGCCGCCCAAUUUGGGCGGCCGACCCAAAGAAUCGGAGGGCAUUAAAGAAGAGACUGAUUUUAUUACUGCAUGUCAAUUAUGGGGUGCUCCCGAUCCGAACUUCAACGAAACAUCAGACAAAGCGAAAAUAAUACGCCAACAAGCAUCGAAAAGGGACAAUGAAAACAAACCGCACAUAAAGCGGCCGAUGAAUGCGUUUAUGGUGUGGGCGAAAGACGAAAGACGAAAAAUCCUGAAAGCCUGCCCUGACAUGCACAACUCUAAUAUUUCCAAAAUUCUCGGCGCCCGCUGGAAAGGGAUGUCGAACUCCGAAAAACAGCCCUACUAUGAGGAACAGUCUAGACUGUCCAAGCUGCAUAUGGAAAAACACCCGGACUAUCGGUAUCGGCCAAGGCCGAAACGCACUUGUAUAGUGGAUGGCAAGAAGAUGCGCAUCUCAGAGUACAAGAUGCUGAUGCGACAGCGCCGACAGGAAAUGAGGCAGCUUUGGUGCAGAGAUAGCACGGAUUUCAACAUAUCCUCCUCAGACCUGACCUGUCCUCCCAGCUCGGCAUCAGGACGGCCCUCAAUGAGCCCUCCUUUGAUGAUGAACGGAGCUGGGCCGAGCUCGGAUCGCGGCUUUUUCUACCCUACCGAUAGUCCUUCACCUGAUGCCCUCAAUUUUUCACAGGACCGUAGCGCUUAUGAUUCGACAAGUCCCAGACACGACGAUGAAUGAGCUUGGCCUCAAGGGGAAGUGACUUUCCCAAGCUGGUUUUAGAACGCGUUGCUAGCUCAGAAAUUUCCCCUUCAACAGUAUUUUGAGCGAAAGAAUCAGACGAAAUCGGACAAAAGCCAAAGGACUUUCUGAAUAUAUUGUACAUAAUAAAAUUGGUGUUGUAGCUGUAUUGUUAUGUAAAUAGCGAGUUACAUUAGGUCGGCUAGUUAUUUAUUUGUUUUUAUGAUAACAAUGUUAUACUUUUUGUAAAUUUUUAAAAAUUAUUUAGCCUAGGUUUUUGCGUUCAAUUUUUUUGUUGUUAUUCAGUUGCUAGAUUUUAUUCGCUAUUUAAUUAAGUAAUGGCAAUGGGAUUUUGCUGUUUUUUCCGGAAUCCCCGCAACAAUAUGUCAGUAGCGCGAUCAAUAUACAUACAUAAUAAAUAAAUGGAAAAUGUCUUCAAAGGUUUCUUUACACGUAACACCUUUCGCCUGCUGACUGAGUUAUUUGAAAUCUGUUAAGUGCAAUGUACAUUGUUAAUAUUUAUAUGUUUUAGUAUAUCUUAAUGCCAGUAAACUUAAGUACACAUAGCUCAUUUAUUUAUUUCAACUAUAUUUUGUAGUCAUCACAUUCUUACUAUAUCUGCUAGCUCUUUGUGUACCUACUUAGAUGUUAAAUGUUUAGUUAUUUUUCCAUACAAAUAUUUAUUUAUCUUCACCGCUGCGUUUCUCUAUCCGGAGGAAGAAAAUUAAGGGUUUCAUCUGUAAAUUCCUGUUCACAUUCAAGACAAAUAGUAAAUUGUGAUUCCUGAUAAAUUAUUAUUUAGGUAUGCCGUGUAAAUUAAAGUGUGUAUCCGUUAAAAGGUUCUCAAAAGGUUGUUAAAGGUUCGGACAUGAGCAUGUGUAGGCACUUAAAGUAUUCCUUAUAACGCUAAAUCUAGGGCUAGUGAUCAUUAAGGGAUUUGCCAAAAUUGCUUAAAUACUGCGACUGAUUGAAAUACGAAUUCAUUUUCGAAUUCACUAUUAUUAAUAAACGUCCAUAGAUCGCAUAGAGCUAAUUUAAAGAACUUUGUUUUUUGAACUUAUUUCUUUGGGUGAUCUCUGCUGGAAGUCUAGAGUAGCGUUAUGCGAUUUAUUCGGAACGGUACAGUAUUUAAGCGCUGCGAUUUUCGCCUAAAUAAUCUGUAAUAUUUACCAGAAUUAUUAUUACAAGUAAUGUUAAAAACUAGCAGAAGUAUAUGGAAUUCUGAAAACUGAAUUUUAGCGAAUAGAUUCACUGUUCUUUCUUGUGCCAAAAUAAAAUUAAAUAAAGGAUGGAAAAUGUAA